AUGUAAAAAGAAAAGAGGAUCAUUUACAAAUUAAAUGGAGAUUCAUUUGAAAUUGAUUGUGAGGAGAAUGAUAUCAAAGAAAGGAUUUUAUUAAAAUUCGAAAAAGAUUAGGAUUCUGAUUAUGAUCUAGAUCUAGAAUAUUAAAGAUUAGGAAAUCCUUAGUCUAACACUUAUGUUAUUUAUUCUCUAAAAAUGCUAAUUAAAUAAAAAAUAGAUAAAGAAAAUAAUAAAAAAGAAUUUGAAAAGUUAAAUGAAAAAAUAAUAUAUAUUGAAAAAGAAAAGUUAGGAUAAUAGAAAUAUCAAGAAGUGUAGAGUUAUUAAAAUUAAAUUCAAAGUAAUUUAGAAACAAUCUUAAUUCAAAAAGACGAAAUUAACAAUCUUAAAGAAAAAAAUAUGUAAUUAGAAAUUGAUAAUGAAAAAUUUAAAAAAAAGGUCGAUAAGUUAGAAUAAGAAAAAGCAUAAAAAGCAGCUGCUUACGAAAAAGAGUAUACAUAAAAUUUCGAACUGAAUAAAAAGCUAGAAUAAACAUCAAAAGAACUUAAUUAAAUAUAACAAUUACAAUCAUAAUCUUCAGAAAGUGAAUUGAGCUAAGAAAACAAAAUGUUAAAAUUAGAAAUAGCUAAUUUAUAGUAGAAACAUGAAAAUAUCAUCCAAGCAGCCAUUAAAAAGUAAGUAAAGUAAUACACUUUAGAAUUAGAAUAACAAUAAUAGUAGAUUGAAAAAUUAUAAGCCUAACUAAAUUACAAUUUUGAUGAUGCAUUAUAAAGUAUUAUAUUACAUAAAUAUUUCAAAGAUGAUUAAUUGAAAAAUUAAUAUGAUAAAUUAUAAAACGAGAAUUUAAAUUUAAAAUAGAAUUAUGCAAUCAUUUAGGAAAAUUUAGAAAAAUAAAAAUAAGACUAUGAAAAUUAAAUUAACAUUUUAAACAAAGAAAUUGAAAAACUAGUAUAAAUAAUAAAUAAUUUUUAAAAGGAAAAAUAAGUCUAUAAUUUUUCAAAUAAUAUAAUAAAUUUUAAAUUAUCAGAGGUAAAGUUGAAUUUGAAUACACUAUCAGAUUUAUCAUUAAUAAGUUAAGUAAAUCUAACUGAAUCACCUAUUAAAGAAUUUUCAGAAGAAGAAUUUAAUUAAGCUUAAAAAGAAUUUAGAUCUGAAAACCCAUUUAAAAUUUAAAUCUUAUAAUUUCUAAAUUUGGAUUUUGAAUUGAAAAAAAAAUAAGCAAAUGAAUACAAAAAUUUAACUUAAAGUUAGAUAAAAGAUUAAAUACUAAAUAAUUUAUUAUGCUUUGAGCUUAUAAAAAAAUAUGUUUAAGAAAAUUUGGAUUUAUAAAAAAAAAUAUAAAUAUUUAAUUAUUUAAGAAUUCCAAGAUAAUUUAUCAUAGAAGUUUCAAAUGGAAUUUAUUAUUAUUGUGAGGAAUUAAUUUAAGGAGAGAAUACGUUAUACAGUAUUAAUAGAAAUAAUUCAGACUUAGAAAAAAUGUUUUAAUAAUUCUUUAUAUAUUGUUUUUAAAAUACAGGUAAGAAAAGAGUAUUUACAUAAUUGGCUUUGAAUUAAACUGCUAAGUUAGUAUCUAAUGUAAUUGCACAUGAUAUUUCUAAUUCUCCUUUUAAUGUUUAAGAAAUACUUGCACAAUUAGGCAGCUUCAACUAAUUAUUAAACUAAUAAUUUGAGAUGAGUAAGUCUUUAGAUUAAACCAUAUUCAUAGAAACAUAAUUAGAUUGA